CCAUGUUGAAGCAGUUAGCGUUUAGCUAGCUCACUAAUUCAAGGGCAGCCAUCGGUGUUAGCAUACAUGCUAACGCCACCAAGAAGGAAACACGCACCUAUUUUAUUGUUCCUUACGAGUGUGUCUUUGCUCCUUUUCCCCACCGUCCUGCUCCAAGCGGAUAAUCAGACCUCCCUCCUCAUCCCAGUGGCCGAUGCUUCCGGCUCCAAAGGCGGCGAGCGGCUAAUGUGGGUACACACCGGUUGGGCGCCCAGCUACCAGCUGUCACUCACUCUCGACGGGAGCGCGCGUGGCUAAGGCGCGCCCCCGACAUGACGCUACUUUUGUAUUGGAGUCAGGGACAGGGUAUGACACGACGAAAAGAAAAACAAGCACGUCCCUUUCCAUCACAUUAUCCUCUGCUAAUCCGGGUCCGGAUCUCGGAGGUAGCAUUCAGCAAACAAGUCCAGACUUCCCGCUCCCCGGCCACCUCUACCAGUUCCACCAGUACUAUUUAAUUUCAUAUUACAUAUCGUUUCAUGUCACCAACAACCAUGUUGUGAUAUUAAAUGUAACAAUAAGAUAUCAGGGUGGUUAUUAUUUUUUUUCAUUGUUAUUGUUGCCUCACUCCCUGGUGUACCCACAAUGCAUUGCGUGGUCAAGCUACCUCAGCAAAGCGGAAACAACCUACGUAGUACUCGGUCUACAUUUCUGCCUUCAAAGCCUCUGGCUGCCGAAUAAAUAACUCCACGCGUAAAUAAAAGGAUGUCGUCCGGAGCUCUGUUCCCCAGCCUGGUGAGCGGAUCCAGAGGAAGCUCCAGCAAGCACCUGGUGCAGUUCCGCGCCGGCAAGAUGAUCCUCAAGGGGAAGACUGUGACGGCCGACAAGCGUAAAGGCACCGUGUAUGUCCAGCAAACAGACGACUCCCUCAUCCACUUCUGCUGGAAGGACAGGACCACUGGGAAUGUGGAUGAUGACCUGAUCAUCUUCCCCGAUGACUGUGAGUUCAAGAGGGUCAGCCAGUGCACCACCGGGCGGGUCUUUGUGCUCAAGUUCAAGACAGAGUCCAAGAGACUCUUCUUCUGGAUGCAGGAGCCCAAGUCGGACAAGGAUGAUGAGUACUGCCGGAAGGUCAACGAGUACCUCAACAACCCCCCCAUCCCCGGAGCACCAGGCAGCGGGGGGCAUGAGCUCUCUGCGCUGGGUGCCGAAGGGGGCCUCCAAAACCUGCUGGGAAACAUGAGCCACAACCAGCUGAUGCAGUUGAUUGGAACCAGCGGGCUGGGAGGUCUCGGUGCUCUGGCAGGACCCGGUCUCGCUAACCUACUUGGAGGGGGCGGACCCACAGCCAGCAGCUCCUCAUCCAGUUCUCGCAGUCAGUCUGCAGCUGCCACACCAUCAUCAGGCUCCGCCCCCAGACUGAGCUCAUCCCACGCUGCCCCCACCACCCCGGUGACCCCCGCCGCCACGGCCACCUCCCCUGCCAGCGUUGCUCCUUCCACUCCGGCUUCAGCUCCGACUCCGCCGGUCCCCGCCUCCGUCGGAAGCCCCCCCAUUCAGCUCAGCGACCUCCAGAGCAUCCUGGCCACCAUGAACGUCCCUGUGGCAGCGGCCGCCCCGGGCUCAGCAGUGGACCUGGCCAGUGUGUGCACCCCUGACAUGAUGGCGCCCAUCCUGGCCAACGCCGAGGUGCAGCGGAGACUCCUCCCCUUUCUGCCCAGCGGUGAGAGUCUGGCUCAGAGCGGCGAGGAGAUCCACAACACGCUCAGCUCACCUCAGUUCCAGCAGCACAUGAGCAUGUUCAGCAGCGCGCUGGCCUCAGGUCAGCUCGGCCCACUCAUGAGCCAGUUUGGACUGCCGGCAGACGCCGUGGCCGCCGCCAACAGAGGAGAUGUGGAGGCGUUCGCUCGAGCCAUGCAGACGUCUAAAGCAGAGUCCAAGGACGAGGACGAAGACAUGAGCCUCGACUAGACCUCGUUUAGCUCCAUUCAUCUUCUAAAAGACCUGUCAAUCAAUGCCAAACCUGUCAUCUUUCCUUACCCAUUUUCCACUUGAUAAUAAAAGUGAAAACUUUAUUUUAAAGUACAUGGACAACAACA